AAUGAGGAAGAAAGGCAAAAUUGCCUAACUUGAGAAGCUUCCAGGCAAGCACCCUUGAACUUGCACCCUUUGUAACGUCUGUGAAGGAGCUUGUUGUCUAGUGUUGGUUUUCUUCAAGUCUUCUAGCUUGUCAAAGAAUAUGGCAGUGACUGUCAUUGAGAUUAUGGAAGAAGAAUAAUCUUUAACCCUAAAAAAGAGUUACUUUUUAGUACUUGUCUGUUUUGAUCCACCGAUUUGCCUUUAAACACAACCCCCACUUCUUUUCUUUUUUGGAUAGAAGGAGAUACUAUUUCUAGUUUGCUAACCUACUUUGAUCUUUCCCUCUCCUAGCUUGCUAGUAUUAGAUCUUGCCAAAGGAAAAGACAAGAUCUUUUAUAAUUAUUAGCAAAGAAAUGGAAUUUGGGACAGGUUUUAGUGAGGGAGAUCAAAUGAGUAGAGGAAAAGGACUCCCUUUUUCUUCAUACUCAUCUUCGAAUUCAUCUCCUUCAUCAUCUUCUUCUCAGCAAAGAAAUCAACUUGUUUUAGGCCAAAUCUAUGAAAACCACCAAAUGGGUUCUUGGUUAGGUAACAAGUAUGAGCAGGUAGAUCAAGAUACAUCAAGAUUUAAUGAGAGUGUAGCUGUCAACGCCGCUAAACUUAACCUUAUGGAUGUCAAUGAUGAAGAAGAAGGCGGCCGAGGAGAAUCUAGUAGUGUGCAGGUGAUAGAAAAGGAGCACAUGUUUGAUAAGGUUGUAACUCCAAGUGAUGUAGGUAAGCUAAAUCGCCUUGUGAUACCAAAACAGCACGCAGAGAAGUACCUUCCUUUAGAUUCAUCAUCGAAUGAGAAGGGGCUUUUACUGAAUUUUGAGGAUAUGAAUGGUAAAGCUUGGAGAUUCAGGUAUUCAUACUGGGGCAGUAGCCAGAGCUAUGUUAUGACUAAAGGUUGGAGCCGUUUUGUCAAGGAGAAGAAGCUUGAUGCUGGUGAUAUUGUGUCCUUUCAAAGAGGGGUAGGUGAAUUGGGUAAAGAUCGUUUAUACAUUAAUUGGAGGCGCCGGCCAGACGCACCGGACGACCCCUCUCGCCAUCAACACCUCUUUCACAACCACCAUUUCUCAGCAAUCCCUUGGAGCCCUUUACUCAUGCGCCCACCAACAGUACCAGUCUUGCCAAGGGACCACCUUCACAUGUCUAAUCCUAAUAGAAAUACUUGUUACAAAGUUGGUGGUAGUUCUUAUGGUUAUGGUUAUGGUUAUGGUAAUUACAGCAAUGUGGUAAACCCUUGUUCAUCUUCUGGUUCAGUUUUUUACAUGACAUCAUCAGCAGGAGCAGCAGCAGCAUUAGAACCAGCCCCGCAACAGGUUGGCAUGGGGAUGGUGCAAUGGCAGCUAGGAGGAGGUGGGGUUGUAGAACCAGUGGUGUAUGAGUCGGUGCCGGUGGUCCAAGGGAAAGCAGCAGCAAAGAGACUAAGGUUGUUUGGUGUAAACAUGGAUUGCCCCAUUACUGAUCAAUCCGAUGACUAUGGUCACAAAUUGUCCUCAACAACAGCAGCAGCAGCAACAUUACCUCAUAAUGCUACUAUUGCAUUGCAGCCUACUCCUCAACUCUCUUCACAAUCUUUGCAACAUCCUCUCCACCAAUUGAGACUCUAUAGAGGCACCCCACUACCAGCAAUGCCACCCUCCACCACUCAAUUUCUCCACAAAGGGAAGUCAUCAUCACCAUCAUCAUCCUCCAUGUCCUUGGAUUUAGAUAUCUGAUUAUUGACUCCUUAUGAGGUCCCAAAUUCUAAACUUUUCCAUCAACAAACACAAGAAGAAGGUGCAUAUCAAGAAAACUAGCUGAUUGAUCACUUCUUUUACAUUAGAUAUCUUUAUUUCUUUGAUGUUCUACCUCCAAGAACCCAGAAACCACAAAUUAUGCUCCUCCUUCACCGGUCAUGACUUGAUGAUGAUGAUGAUGAUGAAUAAAAGAGGAAUGAAAAGGAUCUUAUCAAUGAAUUAAUAUUGCUGCCUACAAUAGUACACAAGUGGUUUGUUGAAAGUUUGGGGGGUUUUCAAAGGAUUUAUUAGCCAUCAUCCAGAAAACAUCAGAGACUUCGAGAGAGAUAGCUAGCUAGCUCUAGCCGCCACCAAUGUUUCAAGUACUGUCUUUCGUUUUCACUUUGUAUAAAUAUAUGUAGUGCAUGUCAAUAGAUAUAGACAUAUCAGACAUAGAUCCAACCUUGUUUCCCAAGAUUCCAUGUUUUCUUUUCUUUUCUUUUUGUAGAUCCUGGUUUCGUUUUCCCCAUUAUGUAUCAAUGCCGUGGUUUCUCACUGAUUUUAUUAGUUUCCAA